AUGGUAAUCUGCGUGGUACGCUUGCUUACGAUCUUCCAGCUGACGGUCAGCACAGAGGCACUUCCAGAUGCGAGCAGCGAGAUCUGCAAUGUGAGCCGCCCAGAUGGAGGUGACACUGCCUUGCUGCAGACAUUGAAAGCCUCUGGCGAGCCCAUCUCAGCGAAAGAGUUUGCGGAAAAGAUGCAGUGCCAUCCAGGGGCGAACUCCUUCUUCAUCAACGGAGGGGACUUGGUUUGGGUUCUGAAACCAAAUCCUGGCGUCCUUUGGGGAGACCUUAUGGUGGGUUGGGAGCGGGGCGGUCCUCAGAACAAGCCGUACGUUGAUGUCGACUACACGUUCAUGUCGCAGAGUUACCAAUUCACAGAUUACCUGACUCUCGCCACAGAUCUGGGCGUGGCGGUUUUGCCUAUGACGCUUUGGAUCCAGCAAACCAUCAAGCUAACUCUGACUUUGCCCAUUCCCACGGGCUGCAACGAGUUCUGGAACAAGGGCUCCGGCGGCCUCUACAUUUUCCCGCCAUGGGAGUUGGAGGCAGUGAAAAGCCCAGGAUUUGACGACGCCGGUUGGCCAAGAUCCAUGGAUCCCAGGGACCUAAUUGUUGACAGCUUGGCUUUUCGCAUCCGCUUCAAGCCUAAGCUGAAGGUUAUCCCAGGGGGGCCAGCCCGGACGCCCCGCCGACCAUAG